AUGGUUGAUCAGCUCCAAGGCACAUGGAAAUCAAUUUCCUGUAAAAAUUUCGAAGAAUAUAUGAAAGAGCUAGGAAUAGGAAGAGCCAGCAGGAAACUGGGUUGUCUGGCAAAACCCACUGUGACCAUCAGUACAAAUGAAGAUGUGAUCACUAUAAAAACAAAAAGCAUCUUUAAAAAUAAUGAAAUCUCCUUUAAACUGGGUGAAGAAUUCGAGGAAACCACACCACGUGGCCAUAAAACCAAGAUUAUGGUAACCUCUGAUAACGACUCCUUGAUUCAAGUUCAGAACUGGGACGGCAAAGAAACCACCAUAAAGAGAAAGGUGGUGGAUGGGAAAAUGGUGGUGGAAAGUUCCGUGAACAAUGUUGUUUGCACACGGAUAUAUGAGAGAGUAUAA